AAACUAGAAUUUUUUGAUGCUCGAAGCUACGGCGUGAUAACAAUUUGCACGAUGUUGUUCCUUGUUUUGUUCGGUUUCCGGUGAUAUAAGUAAUGCAAAUUUUGUAAUUGUGAGUACAGCUAACUGCCUUUUUCAGUAAUGGAUCUAUAAGGAAUGUUUUCAAACAUAUUAUUUGGCGUAACUUGAACAUUAUCGUUAUGAGUAGUACUGAUUUAAUCGAGCAUGUUAUUGAGUGGGAUGAUUCUAGUCAAAGUCAAUGCCUGGACGAAAUACCGCAUAUGGAUGAAAACGUCGAUAUUGUCCACUCAGACGAUAGUAAUAUCGUAAUCGAAGUUAUCUCACCUGAUACUGCUCCCAUUGAAAACUCCACUUCAAACACCGAAGGUUCUACACAGCCAGAAAUCGAAGUAGUCACCUUCGACUCCGUACAUGAUGAAACUCCAUCUGAACUUACUGAAGAAUCUGAAGAAACACCUUCUGGAUCAUCUUCUCCAGAACAGCCAGACAAGGCCAAGAAAUCGCGUGGUAAAAAACAAUCAACUAAAGCUAAGUGUGUGAAGCCAAAACGUAAACCAACGAAGAAGAAAAACACUAAAACCAGCGACGAUGAUAAACCUAAACCGAAAGAAUUACCUAGUGUUUAUUCGAGAAAUCAAAUUGCUCGUCAUGCUAAAAGAAUUAAUAAAUUGAAAGAACUAGAACAAAACGAUGAAAGUGAUAGCGAGGCAAGUAACGAAGAUGUAGACGAAACUUCAGAUCGCGAUAUUGAUAUUAAUCUACGUAUAUUCGAAGGAUCUACCGAAUCAGUUGACAAUGUAGUGAUCGGCGAAAUUCAAUGUAAUAUAUUAGACGAUAAUUCUUCCACGAAAGAAGCAAAUAAUUCAAACAAGAAUGCCUCGAAUGUGUUUAAAUUGUCUGUAAAUACGAAUUUCGUCGAUGUCUGUGAUACUAACGAUUCUCUUGCAAGCACCGUCGCGGAUAUGCAUGACGAAGAAGCUGAUGUAGACGAUCCUCUUGAUUUCUCCGAUAACGAUUCCGAUUUGGAAAUUUUAGUUUCCAAACCAAUUGUGAGAAAAAGGGCAACUCAACCAGUAAAAAAGGAGAAGCCCACCGAAAAAAAGCAAAAAUUAACGAUGUACGAUUUAAUUCACGAUAAAAUCUGUUUUUCUUCCGACUCAAAAACAGAUGAAAGUGAAACUGAACAAAAAGAUCCCAAAACAAAGGAAUCCAAAAAAUCUAAAACCAACAAUAAGAAAUCGAAGAUGAAAAAAGAGGAACCUACAGAAGACUUGAAACCAACAACGGAGUCGAAAGAAGAAAAAAAUCAAAAUUUACCCGUUCCUAAAUUGAAAGUAGGCGCAGAUGGAGAAGUGAUCAUUGAUAUGGAUAGUUUGGUUAUCGAACAAACUGGUGUAUCUGAGGCCAGAAACGCACUAGCCAAUUCUGAAGUUGUUGAAGAAUGCGCCUUGAGUUAUACUUCGUACAAUAAAAGAAAUAGUUUUCGCAAGCAGUGGAGCCCUCAUGAGACGUUGAAAUUUUAUAAAGUGUUGAGCACAGUCGGUACGGAUUUCACAUUAAUGGCAACUUUAUUCCCUGGCCGAACCAGAAAAUGUAUGAAACGUAAAUUCAAAAAAGAAGAAAAAACCAGUCCCGAGUUAAUUUUGAAAGCCUUAUCAUGCAAACAAAAUUUCAAUAUAGAUUUACUCGAGAAAGAAUUACAACUAAAAGACGAAAAAGUCAAUCAGUUCAAAGAAAAUUCAAGGAAACAAAAAAUUGCACAAAAGAAAGCUAUGAAAGAUGCCAAUAAAAAAGAAAAAGAGAAAGAAAAAGAAAAAAUUACGAGUAAAGGAAGCAAAAUCAAACGAAAAAGUUUUUUUGAAACCAGCAUUUCACAUUUCCAAGAUAGGUGAAGAUUUGUUGUAAUGUUUGUUGCGUAAAUUUUAUCAUUAUUUUCAUGUAGAAUUGUAUCACAGGUCUGAAAUUAUUAUUUUGUAUUUUGUACAAAUUGGUUUUAUCGAAUCGACUUCAUCUUCUCCCUUGUUGGAUAUUGAAUGUCAAAAUUAAUCUUUGUAAGAUUUUGUUGUUCAUUUUAACCGAUAAAUAUUAAUUUAUACUU